AUGUGGAGAAACCGGAUAUAUCAAUACGUGAGCCGACGACGGUUCUCAACCAUUGACGCAAGCGAAGUCAGGAAAUUUAGUGAAAAAUCUGCAGAAUGGUGGGAUCCUGACGGUGAAUUCGGCAUGCUUCAAUUAAUGAAUCCUGCUCGUGUACGUUAUGUUCGCGAACAACUGGGAUUUUCUGCUAUUGAGCCUAAACCAUUUCAAAAUAUGAAAAUGCUGGACAUUGGUUGUGGUGGUGGUCUUCUUUCUGAGUCGCUAACACGGCUAGGUGGACGAGUGCUCGGAGCCGACGCGUCGCCUGACAACAUUAAAAUGGCACAAAUUCAUAAACGACAAGACCCUCAAUUAUGGCGAGGUCCUGGACAACUUUAUUACAGACACACUACAGCCGAGGAUCUGCUGGCAUCCAAAGAGUCCUUUGAUGUAGUAUUGGCCAUGGAGAUUAUUGAACACGUCAACAACCCACUCCAAUUCUUGCGAACAUGCGGCGACUUAGUUCGACCAGGCGGUACCUUGUUCUUAUCGACCAUGUCACGCACGUUUGCUUCAUAUUUAUUGACUGUCGCACUGGCCGAGGAUGUGCUUCGAUUGGUACACCAGGGCACGCAUGAUUGGACAAAGUACAUUACGAGCAAAGAAUUAAUCAGUGCGGUUGAAUCGAUGGGUCAGGACUGGGCUGUACAAGAUGUACGUGGUGUUUUCUGGGAUCCAGCAUGUCGUCAGUGGCGUGUGGCCCAAGAGAAAGGACUGAUUGGUGCUGGUGGAUUAGAAUCCUUAGAAGUCAACUACUUUUUAACAGCAAAACGGAAAAUUGUAGGUGAUGCUGAUGAUGCUACUAUUUAA